GUCUGCCCUGCUCAGUGAAUGGAGAGAGCGAGGGCAGGCCAGCUCACCCGGCCGCCCCGUGCCCCAGCAGCCGCCGCCACCGAGCGCCCUAGCCCAGCCCCAAGCCGGACCUCCCCGGGCGCCACGCCCCACUGCGCUUGCCCCAGAUCCCCAACCCGGCCCGUGGGCCCUCGAGGCCAGGGGGCGCUCCGCACCUGGGCACUCCCAGCGAUGCGCAGCGGGGCAGCGCCGGCCCCGCCGAUGGAGCUGCCGCUGCUGCCGCCGCUGCCGCCCGGCGCUCCCCGCUCCGCCCGCGCCCCGUGCGCCUGAGCGCCGAGCUCGCCCCUCCUCCGCGCCAACUCCGCCGCCCGCUCCCCAGGCCGCCCGCGCUCCCAGCGCGCCUCCUCGGGCUCCAAACGUCUUGCCCCGCAGAGGCAGACUCCUCCGGGAGCGGGGCCCUCCCUGCACACCAUGGCCCCCGGGCGGACAGGGGUCUGCGCCGCGGUGCGCGCCCGCCUGGCGCUGGCCUUGGCUCUGGCGAGCGUCCUGAGCUGGCCCCCAGCCGUUGCCUGCCCCACCAAGUGUACCUGCUCCGCCGCCAGCGUGGACUGCCACGGGCUGGGCCUCCGCGCGGUUCCUCGGGGCAUCCCCCGCAACGCCGAGCGCCUUGACCUGGACAGAAAUAAUAUCACCAGGAUCACCAAGAUGGACUUCGCUGGGCUCAAGAACCUCCGAGUCUUGCAUCUGGAAGACAACCAGGUCAGCAUCAUUGAGAGAGGCGCCUUCCAGGACCUGAAGCAGCUGGAGCGACUGCGCCUGAACAAGAAUAAGCUCCAAGUCCUUCCAGAAUUGCUUUUCCAGAGCACUCCGAAGCUCAGCAGACUAGAUUUGAGUGAAAACCAGAUCCAGGGGAUCCCAAGGAAGGCGUUCCGCGGCAUUACCGACGUGAAGAACCUGCAACUGGACAACAACCACAUCAGCUGCAUUGAAGAUGGAGCCUUCCGAGCGCUGCGCGAUUUGGAGAUCCUCACUCUCAACAACAACAACAUCAGUCGGAUCCUGGUCACCAGCUUUAACCACAUGCCGAAGAUCCGAACUCUGCGCCUCCACUCCAACCACCUGUACUGCGACUGCCACCUGGCCUGGCUCUCAGAUUGGCUGCGACAGCGACGGACAGUUGGCCAGUUCACACUCUGCAUGGCUCCUGUUCACUUGAGGGGCUUCAAUGUGGCAGAUGUGCAGAAGAAGGAGUACGUAUGCCCAGGCCCCCACUCGGAGCCCCCAUCCUGCAACGCCAACUCCAUCUCCUGCCCCUCGCCCUGUACGUGCAGCAAUAAUAUUGUGGACUGUCGAGGAAAGGGCUUGACGGAGAUUCCUGCCAACUUGCCGGAGGGCAUCGUUGAAAUACGCCUAGAACAGAACUCCAUCAAAUCCAUCCCUGCAGGAGCCUUCACCCAGUACAAGAAACUGAAGCGAAUAGACAUCAGCAAGAAUCAGAUAUCAGAUAUUGCUCCAGAUGCCUUCCAGGGCCUGAAGUCACUCACAUCGCUGGUCCUCUAUGGGAACAAGAUCACGGAGAUUGCCAAGGGACUGUUUGAUGGGCUGGUGUCCCUACAGCUGCUCCUCCUCAAUGCCAACAAGAUCAAUUGCCUGCGGGUGAACACGUUUCAAGACCUACAGAACCUCAACUUGCUCUCCCUGUAUGACAACAAGCUGCAGACCAUCAGCAAGGGGCUCUUCGCCCCCCUGCAGUCCAUCCAGACGCUCCACUUAGCCCAAAACCCAUUUGUGUGCGACUGCCACUUGAAGUGGCUGGCUGACUACCUCCAGGACAACCCCAUUGAGACAAGCGGGGCCCGCUGCAGCAGCCCUCGCCGACUCGCCAACAAGCGCAUCAGCCAGAUCAAGAGCAAGAAGUUCCGCUGCUCAGGCUCCGAGGAUUACCGAAGCAGGUUCAGCAGCGAGUGCUUCAUGGACCUCAUGUGCCCUGAGAAGUGCCGCUGCGAGGGCACUAUCGUGGACUGCUCCAACCAGAAGCUGGCCCGCGUCCCAAGCCACCUUCCUGAAUACGUCACGGACCUGCGACUGAAUGACAAUGAGAUAUCUGUUCUAGAGGCCACUGGUAUCUUCAAGAAGUUGCCCAACUUGCGGAAAAUAAACCUGAGUAACAAUAAGAUCAAGGAGUUGCGAGAAGGUGCUUUCGAUGGAGCGGCCAGCGUGCAGGAGCUGAUGCUGACGGGAAACCAGCUGGAGACUGUGCACGGACGCAUGUUCCGCGGCCUCAGUGCCCUCAAAACCUUGAUGCUGAGGAGUAACUUGAUCAGCUGUGUGAAUAAUGACACCUUUGCCGGCCUGAGUUCAGUGAGACUGCUGUCCCUCUAUGACAAUCGGAUCACCACCAUCACCCCUGGAGCCUUCACCACGCUUGUCUCCCUGUCCACCAUAAACCUCCUGUCCAACCCCUUCAACUGCAACUGCCACCUGGCCUGGCUGGGCAAGUGGUUGAGGAAGAGGCGGAUCGUCAGCGGAAACCCUAGGUGCCAGAAGCCGUUUUUCCUCAAGGAGAUCCCCAUCCAGGAUGUGGCCAUCCAGGACUUCACCUGUGACGGCAACGAUGAGAGUAGCUGCCAGCUGAGCCCGCGCUGCCCGGAGCAGUGCACCUGCGUGGACACCGUGGUGCGAUGCAGCAACAAAGGACUCCGCACCCUCCCCAAAGGCAUGCCCAAGGACGUGACCGAACUGUACCUGGAAGGAAACCACCUAACAGCUGUGCCCAGAGAGCUGUCUGCCCUCCGACACCUGACGCUUAUUGACCUGAGCAACAACAGCAUCAGCAUGCUGACCAAUUACACCUUCAGUAACAUGUCUCACCUCUCCACUCUGAUCCUGAGCUACAACCGGCUGAGGUGCAUCCCUGUCCACGCCUUCAACGGGCUGCGGUCCCUGCGAGUGCUAACCCUCCAUGGCAACGACAUUUCCAGCGUUCCUGAAGGCUCCUUCAGCGACCUCACAUCUCUUUCCCAUCUGGCGCUGGGAACCAACCCUCUCCACUGUGACUGCAGUCUUCGGUGGCUGUCGGAGUGGGUGAAGGCGGGGUACAAGGAGCCUGGCAUUGCCCGCUGCAGUAGCCCUGAGCCCAUGGCCGACAGACUCUUGCUCACCACCCCAACCCACCGCUUCCAGUGCAAAGGGCCAGUGGACAUCAACAUCGCGGCCAAAUGCAAUGCCUGCCUCUCUGGCCCGUGCAAGAACAACGGGACGUGCACCCAGGACCCUGUGGAGCUGUACCGCUGUGCCUGCCCCUACAGCUACAAGGGCAAGGACUGCACUGUGCCCAUCAACACCUGCAUCCAGAACCCCUGUCAGCAUGGAGGUACCUGCCACCUGAGUGACAGCCACAAGGAAGGGUUCAGCUGCUCCUGCCCUCUGGGCUUUGAGGGACAGCGGUGUGAGAUCAACCCAGAUGACUGUGAGGACAACGACUGCGAAAACAAUGCCACCUGUGUGGACGGGAUCAACAACUAUGUGUGUGUCUGCCCGCCAAACUACACAGGUGAGCUGUGUGACGAGGUGAUCGACCACUGUGUGCCUGAGCUGAACCUCUGUCAGCAUGAGGCCAAGUGCAUCACCCUGGACAAAGGAUUCAGAUGUGAGUGUGUCCCUGGCUACAGCGGGAAGCUCUGUGAGACAGACAAUGAUGACUGUGUGGCCCACAAGUGCCGGCAUGGGGCCCAGUGUGUGGACGCAGUCAAUGGCUACACAUGCACCUGCCCCCAGGGCUUCAGUGGACUCUUCUGCGAGCACCCCCCACCCAUGGUCCUGCUACAGACCAGCCCGUGUGACCAGUACGAGUGCCAGAAUGGGGCCCAGUGCAUCGUGGUGCAGCAGGAACCCACCUGCCGCUGCCCACCAGGCUUCGCCGGCCCCAGAUGCGAGAAGCUCAUCACCGUCAACUUUGUGGGCAAGGACUCCUAUGUGGAACUGGCCUCCGCCAAGGUCCGACCCCAGGCCAACAUCUCCCUGCAGGUGGCCACCGACAAGGACAACGGCAUCCUUCUCUAUAAAGGAGACAAUGACCCCCUGGCGCUGGAGCUGUACCAGGGCCACGUGCGGCUGGUCUACGACAGCCUGAGUUCCCCUCCAACCACAGUGUACAGUGUGGAGACAGUGAAUGACGGGCAGUUUCACAGUGUGGAGCUGGUGAUGUUAAACCAGUCCUUGAACCUGGUAGUGGACAAAGGAACCCCCAAGAGCCUGGGGAAGCUCCAGAAGCAGCCAGCAGUGGGCAUCAACAGCCCCCUCUACCUUGGAGGCAUCCCCACCUCCACCGGCCUCUCCGCCUUGCGCCAGGGCACAGACCGGCCUCUAGGCGGCUUCCACGGCUGUAUCCACGAGGUGCGCAUCAACAACGAGCUGCAGGAUUUUAAGGCCCUCCCGCCGCAAUCAUUGGGAGUCUCACCAGGCUGCAAGUCCUGCACUGUGUGCAAGCAUGGCCUGUGCCGCCCCGUGGAGAAGGACAGCGUGGUGUGUGAGUGCCACCCAGGCUGGACAGGCCCACUCUGCGACCAGGAGGCCCGGGACCCCUGCCUCAGCCACAGCUGCAACCAUGGAAAAUGUGUGGCAACCGGGACCUCAUACAUGUGCAAGUGUGCUGAGGGCUAUGGAGGGGCCUUGUGUGACCACAAGAAUGACUCCACCAACGCCUGCUCAGCCUUCAAGUGUCACCAUGGGCAGUGCCACAUCUCGGACCGAGGGGAGCCCUACUGCCUGUGCCAGCCCAGCUUUAGCGGGGAGCACUGCCAACAAGCGAAUCCAUGCCUAGGACAGGUAGUCCGAGAGGUGAUCCGCCGCCAGAAAGGUUAUGCAUCAUGCGCAACAGCCUCCAAGGUGCCCAUCAUGGAAUGUCACGGGGGCUGCGGGCCCCAGUGCUGCCAGCCCACCCGCAGCAAGCGUCGGAAAUACGUCUUCCAGUGCACGGACGGCUCCUCAUUCGUGGAAGAGGUGGAGAGACACUUAGAGUGCGGCUGCCUCGUGUGUUCCUAAGCCCUGCCACCUCUCAGACUCCAGCUUGGUGAGGCUGGAACAGCCAUGUGGGACCCCUGGAGAUUCAGCGUGAAGGAGACAAAGCUGGAGAGGAAGCUAAAGAAGAAGAGAAUAUUAAGUAUAUUGUAAAAUAAACAAAAAAUAGAACUUAUUUUUAUUAUGGAAAGUGACUAUUUUCAUCUUUUAUUAUAUAAAUAUAUCACGUCAUCUGAGUAUAUGUACCAUAUAGUGAGUUAUUUUUGCCAAGUUUUGUGUUGUGUAUUUGUUGUGUUUUUAUAAACAGCUGUUUAAAAGUUUAAGAAAAAAAAAGACUAAUAAAAAUGCUUUAAAACAAAAGGAUAAGAAUAAAGAAAGAUAGCCUGUCUGAGGAAGGAGGAAGAUGUUUCAUGUUUAUGAAACGUGUCGGCAGUAAACCAAGACCUGCUCACUGAGAUCAGAAAAAGGAAUACGAGGAAGAGAGAGAAGGAAAGGAUCUUUGUUUUUUAACUCCCUUUUCUCCCCCUCCCCUAAAAGUACCCAGCUUUUCAGAGUCCUGGAUGUCAGUGCCCAAGAUACCCAGUUCUUCCAGGAAAAGCUGCUAAGCCCUGGCCUUCUCAGUCUCACUGCAAAUUUGCUGUCCCUGUCUGUCCCAGACUCCCCUGCAGGAUCUGAACCCACUGGGGGACCCCGCUUCUCCUUCCUGGCUUACCUUGGCUUCCAAUCAAGGACUGACUAUUGAACUCCACUGCAGCUUUUAUUUGGGACUGUUACCAAAUUUUUAAACAGCUGCUAUUUUUCCUGCUCCUCCCCAGGAGAGGGGUCUUCCUAGAGGAGGCGAGGGAAGAGAGUAUCAUGCCGUGUCCUCAGGCCCCACAUACUGGCCCCCUCCUCCUUCCAGGUAAUUUUUAAUUGGAAUGUAUCCCAGGAGAGAAGGUAGUCAGCCCUUCUGGGAUGCAGAAGGCUGGGAGCCAAGCCUGCCCACAGCACUAGUAGAUGUCCAAUUCUGGAAGGUUCUUGGAGGCUCUUGCUGUAAGACGCCUCUGCCACCUGAUCCUCCAGGUCACCAUCAUGAUGACAGAGACCUUGCCCAUCUGCAACACUUUCCAAUGCAUAUCCAAACUGUACCUUAAUUUAUCUGUGCAACCCCUGACUCCCUGGGAAGGAUAAGGGAGUAGAGCCCCGUUCACUAAGAAGGAAGUUUAGGCCCUCACAGGCUCUGGAACUUGCCUGAAGCCACACACCAGAUAAGUGGAGGAGCUGGAUCGGAAGUCCAGACCCAAAGCUUGAGAUUCUUUCUCCAGAGUGGGUGAGCACAGGUGAUUCAGGUGGCUCAAAUUCAUCAGAGCAGCCCUGCCAGAAAAGGAAAGAUGUUUUUCCUGUUCUUGUUCUGCCUUGCUCAUUCUCAUUCCUCUUCCUCCCUCCUCAGUAUCUGGAAAGAUUCUGGAGGGCAGGGAUUAUGUAUCUAUGGGCUGCAAGGGCAGCCCCUCUAGCCUCUGCCUCCAUUACUGAAGGGGACUUCCCUGCCCGUUUCUUUCCAUGUCUGUCCCUCCCUCACUUCCCAUUUGCCCCCUUCUAUCCCAUCAGGUUAGCCACCUAUCUUCCAGGGCUCAGCUGUUCACACCAACUCCCUGGCUCUCAUCAUCCAUCCCUCCUUUCCCCAGGAGCCUCUACUAUAGAAGUUUCAUGGAGAAGAGUUUGGAAGUCAUUGGACCUUUCAGCUCUCAGGGUCCCUAGAGGAGCCUAGUGGCUCUGUGAGGACCAAUGGUGGGCCAGAGACUCAGGGAGUAAAGAAGGGAGAAAGAAAAGAAAGGAAGAUAGGUGUAAGGAAGGAAGGAAGCAAGCAAGUUAGGGAGGGUGGGAAGAGGGGGAGGGGGGCUAAAGAGAAGGGAGAGAGGGAGAUAGUAGUAGAAUUUAUCUAAAAAUAUGUAUGUAAAUCUCCAUUAUGUUCCAGGUACUGUGCCUUAUGAUGGCUUUGUUUUUUGUUGUCAUUUGAGACAGGGUCUUGCUCUGUCACCCAGGCUGAAGGAGAGUGGUUCAAUCAUAGCUCACUACAGUCUCAACCUCCUGGGCUCAAGAAAUCUUCCUGCCUCAGUCUCCCAAAAUGCUGGGAUUACAGGUGUGAGCCUCUAUGCUCAGCCUAUUUCAAAUAUUAUAUCAGAUUUAUUUAGUACUAUAUCAAAUACCACUCUCAUUGUGAUAUAUAUAUAUAUAUAUAUAUUCAUUUAAUUCUUGAAACAAUCAUGUAGUUAAAAUACUAUUAAUUCAUUUUAUGGUUGAGUAGACUAAGACACAGCGAACUUGUGUCUUAAAAGAACUUGCCCAAGAGUGGAUAUCUAAUAAACUGCGGUGCCAAGAUCUGAGCCCAGGCUAUCUGACUCCAGACCUUGCUCACCCAGCCACUAAACCAUCCUGCUUCUUGUGGGAAACAGAUAUGUCUUGCCUUUGAGGAUCCUACAGCCUAUGACAAAAACAGUCAUACAAAUGUAUAAUUGCCUUAGUACAAAAGGACCUCUCGAAUGGCAAUAUAAAGCAAUGGAAAUGGCUGUCCAGAAGAGGGAAUUUCCAAUCAUGGGUCUUCAAGGCUGAACAGGAGUUUGCCAGAGCUAGGAAAGGGAAUUGAACUUUCCUGGGAAUGGCCUAUUAAAAAGCAAUGAGGAAACGGCAAGGCCUGGCUUGUUUGGGGAAGAGUCAAUGUCUAGGAUGCACGAGCAUGGGAAGCACACUGAGGAGCAGAGAGAAAUGGGGUAGGUGUGAAGGCAGGGUUUUGACCACAAAGAGCUAUGCAUACUAAACUAGGCCAAGGUGCCAGCAAGAUUGUUCGAGGAAGGGAAGAGCAAGACAAGCUCUGCUUUAGGAAGAGCAUAAAGACCUGAAAAAGGAGACAGAGCUGUCACCUAAAAUGGAUUUGAGAGCUCCCUGUGGUUUACUCUGUGCCAGCCACAUGGAUCACAAAUGGUAUGACAGCAUAGAAGCUCUGCCCUUGAAGAGGGUCCUGGGAUCUGCCCAACACCCUUUCCAACCUCCCUCACCCCAUCACUCCUCUCCCCCCAGGCAGAUGGAUCUGAGCUUUAUCCCACCACCAAUGUCCCUUUUAGCCUCUCCCCACCCAGCCGGGAGCCUACUCAGCCUGCCAUCUCAAGAGCCCCAACAGGGUCACUGGCUUCCUGGGAGGACUCAACAAGCUGCCAGGUUUCCCUCUGCCUACCCAAGGAACCCAAGACCGCCCUCUGCCCAUCACCCCGGGCCCAAUCCUGAAUCCGGCCCCCAUCAACAAAGACAGCAAAAGGGCCAGUCCUGUCCCUCACAAUUUUGAGCCUUCUCCCUCAAGUUUGGAACUGCCAAAUGCAAGGACCAUUAUAAAAAUUCUCCCAAACAUGAAGUUCCUCUGACAAAUGACAAUUGAAACUCUCUUUCUCCUUGAGCAGUCACAUUCUAGAAACAGGACAUUCCAUGGGGUAGGAAGAGUUCAGUUUGUUAAUUCUCUCCUGAAAAGGUGUGUUUCCAUGUUUGUGUGGGGGUGUACGUGGGCAGAAGAGGCCACUCAAGCUGUGUUCCCCCUGAGCAGGAUUCAGGAAAGGGAAAAGAGGGUCUCUUUGACUCAACCAAGGGGUCGUACGAUGGCCAAUGAAACUAUGUAUUUAAAAGCUCUUUGUAAAGUGUAAACUAAAAACCUUAAAUGUAAGAUGCUGUUGUCAUUAUUACUGCUGUUGUUGCUAUUAUAGACAUGCCAAAAGGCCCUUGUUAGCAAGAUGACUUUGCCUUUUCAGUCUCAUAGCAAGGAACUAAAGUCUGAUGCUUCAAAAAGCUGAUAAGAGGGGCAAGAAAAGGGAGAACUCCCAAGCACUGAGAAAAAAAGCCCCAGGGUAAUCUUCAGGAAAGGCCAGGACCAGGAUUGAUCUAACCUGGCCCUUCACCAGAGACAAAGCUGUGGCCAGACUGAACCCUAAGAUCAAGCAGUUGCCCACUGCCUUUGCUGAGAGCAGAAGCCCAUAGCAGCAAAUGACCUGCCCCUCUCAGACUCGGGAUACCAGAUAUCAGAGAUGGAGGAGCCAUAGGGCAUUACUGGUAGGCAGGAAAACUGAGGGUUGAACACGUGGAAGAAUGCAGUGAUCACAGACCAAAGACACACAGGUAAUUAACACCAGGUGUCUACCCAGGCCAAAGUUCUUCCUGCUACCCCAGAGUGGGUGCCCAGGCAGAGUGAAGCCUGGGUUAGACUCUCUAACACUUUCUUAAUGGUCCAGAAGGUGUCCUCUGCCUCCCCCACAGCAGUCUCCUGGUGCAACCUCAGAUGAUGGGGAAGCUGGGGGCAUAGUGUGGUUUGGUGGGAUUUGUUCCCAUUUUGUGGUGUGGGCUCAACAGUGCCAAAGGAAACACCAGGGAAAAGUUGGUGAGACAUGCCAGCCAACAGGAAUAGUAAAGGCAUAAUCGGGCGUUUGGCAAAGCUUGUUUUUCUAACUCAACGAUAGAUGAGUUAGAAAUUUUUAAAGAUGUUUUUUAAAACAAUGUUAUCGUGCCACUUCCCCAGUAUGGAAUAAGUAACAUGCAUUCCUUUUCAACGUACUGUCAUAUUUGGAUGUCUUUAAAAUAAAUGGAUGAGUCACAGAGGAACUAUCAGAUGCUCUUGUGACUACCGUAACUCA